AUGAUGAUGGAACAAAUUUGCAGAGAUGAUGAUUGGAUUGUGGACGAGUCUUCGUUGACGAAGCUCUCUUCUCUUGGCCGAGGGAACUUCGGUUACGUCUCUCUCGAGAAGGACUCCAACUCCCGACUUUACGCAAAGAAGUCAUCGCCGAUGCAUCUCAAAAAGAUUCUCGAGAAGGAGCUCAGGAUCAUGCAUCGUUUCCGUGAUCAUCCUCGCAUCGUCCAAGCCUCAAACAAGCUUCACUUACAAAUCCAACCCUACGAAUAUUGCUACAUCUAUAUGGAGUACGCCUCCAAAGGUAAUCUCCAUAGGUUUAUAUAUGGUUUCCGUCGGAAAGAAGAGCCGAUACCUGAGUCUUUGGUCAGUCGCACGGCUCGUAUGAUCCUAGAAGGACUCGAGGCUCUUCACUCCCAUGGUUACGUUUACUGCGACCUCAAGCCAUCCAACGUUCUCCUCUUCCCUUCCACAACUCCUGGAGAGCCGUGGGAUCUCAAGCUUGCUGAUUUCGGUUCAUCCAAAGAGCCUGACACCGAUCAUGAUCCUACGUCCCUUGGUACUGUUGAGUACAUGCCCCCGGACUCUUUUGUACCAAACGGACUGAUCGAUCCGGGACAUAUCGAUCCAGCCCUUGAUAUAUAUUCUCUAGGGUGUGUGGUUAAUGAGAUGUUUGGAGCUAUACCUAUCCAGGAGUACUUUGACGAAUUUUACGUAUGGCAUUUGCGUGACGUUAUCUCUCCGCAGGCUCAAGAUUUCUUAAGGCGAUGCGAUGACAUGCGUUCACGCAGGCCCACCGCGACUGAGCUCUUGAAACAUCCUUUUAUUACACAAGGACUUCCAUCGCCAACAACAGAAGACAACAAGGAGAUAUCUAGGUCGUUGAUUCCAAGUUUCUCGAAGCUUCUUUUGACCUAA